AUGUUAAAUCUUUCUUUUCUACAACAAAUAUUAACAAGAUAUGGUAUGAGUACAUAUACAAUAUUAGGAAAUAUUGGUAAUUUAUUAAAUAUGAUUAUUUUCUAUCAAUUUAAACAUCGAAAAAAUCCAUGUUCAAUUUAUUUAUUAUCAAUGACAAUAUGUAAUUUAAUUUGUCUUAAUACAGGAACUAUACCAAUUAUAUUGUCAUUAGAUUUUCCCGAUAUACGAACUCAAUAUUUAUUUAUUUGUAAAAUUCAAUUUUAUAUUCGUCAUACUACAAAUCAAAUGAUGCGAACAUAUAAAGUCCUUGCUUGUAUAGAUCGUUUUGCUUUAAGUAGUACUCAUAUUACCAUUCGUUCAUUUAGUCAAUACAAUAUAUCAAUUCGUCUUAUAAUAAUAACUGGAAUAUUUUGGUUAAUCAUCGGAUUAUUUUUUUCAUUCAUACGUAGUAUUAAAAUAAGUUUAUGUAGUAUUCAUAAUGAUUCAUAUUUUUUAAUUUAUACAAUAUAUUAUAUGAUAUCUGCUGGUAUAUUACCUCCAAUUCUUAUUCUUAUAUUUAGUAUUUUAUUAAUGAAAAAUUUAAAAGAAAUGCGUGCACAUAUUCAUUGUUUAAGACAAGGACGAAAUGAAAAAAUUCGACCAAUAAAUAUUCUUCGUAAACGUGAUAGAGAUUUAAUGAAAAUGGUUUUAGUUGAAGUUAUGUUUUAUGUUAUAAGUACAUUACCAUUUUCAAUCUAUCUUAUUUAUCGAAUGAUUACAAAUGAUAAGAUGAAAAGUGAAAAACAAAAUCAAAUGGAAUUAUUUAUUAAUUAUCUAACACAAUCAUUUAUGAUGUAUUUAAAUACAGUAUUACCAUUUUAUAUUUAUAUAACAACAUCAACAGCAUUUAGACGACAAUGUAAAAAAAUUAUUAUUAAAUUUUAUAGAUUUAUUCGAAGAAAUAAAUAUAAAAAAAGUUAUUUUAUCUGA